UGUGCGCAUGCUCAGUAGAAGGCAGGCUGGACGGCAGGCUUGAGAAAGCGGAGCUGGAGCCGAGCCGCUCUUCGCCGCUUUCCCCGCGUCGGAUGCAGGGCUCCGGAUUCGUUAUUGCCGGCAGCGGAGGGAGCCAUAUGCGAAACGGAAAGGAAAGGCGCAGUAGCAGCAUGGCUUCAGGUCGCCUCCCUAAAGAGGGCAAGUUCUCCGGCGAAAGAUGAACCCAGAGCCGCUUGACCAGCAAUGGAUCGACGCUCUAGUUGCUUCCUGAGGUCCUUUUAGUGUCUUCCGUCUUGGCCCUGGCUUGUGUCUUCCCUCUUCGGAAAGUCCGGGAGAUUCUCGUCGUGAUAAAGCAGUUCCCCGCCCCAGAUUCUUUUGGGGGGAAAGAGGAGGAGCAAAAAAAAAAAAGCAAAGGCAGCCCCAUUGGGAAGGCAGCAGAGAUGCCCUGGAACGUCAAGAAGAACGAGUAACUUGCGAUGUAGCGAUUCCAUCUACUUUCCGUUUCCUCCCGAUGGUGUAACAAACAGACACUGGCACUGAUGGGCUACUCUGUGGCAGAGACAAGGCUGCUGAAGACAAGAACAAUAUGCCAAGUGAACAGAUCCCAGAAACAGCAAUCAGCCGAGGAAAAAGUGAGCUGUGUGUCCCAUUUUGGGUUUCUGAUUUGUUUUUCUGAGGAAGAGAUAGAGCUAAUUGAAAUGCCAGGACGGGAGCUGUUUUCUCAGACUGAUGUGGACAUGAAGAUAAUGAAAGAAUACAUUAAAGCUACAAGUCUCGUACAGGAUCAUCAAGGAAAACAAAAUGUUCACCAGUGGAGUUUGGCAAGUUUUGGAAAGAUGCUAUCACUAUCACUAUCAGCGGAUUGAGAUAUUUUGCAAAAUCUCUGCCCUCUUAGAAAAUAAAUGGCAAACCUUUUUUGUGCAUCAUGAGAGGACAAAAUGGAAGGCAACAUGGAUUUUAUAAUUUAUGUCCUGUGUGGAAAAUUCUUUUUGAUUUUUCAUUUUCUUUAUAUAUGUUGUUAUCAGGUUUUCCCUCCCUUAGCAAGAAUUGCUGAAUGUUAAAGGUUUUCCCUCCUCUUAUACACUCACACAAGCAUACACACACUAAGUCCUUUAUUAACAAAAUAACAUGCUGGAUGUGAUGUUUUGUCCCUGGACUUCACAGCUCAAUAGACAUCCAUUUGACAUGAAAUUGGCUUGUUAGUCUGGGAUACAUAGAAGUUGGUCAGAGGUUACAUUCUCUUUAGCCUUCUGUAUUGUUGAUUUUAUUUUGUCUCUAUGGUGUCUCCUCAGGGCAUCUGCAUUUGAGCUUUCUUUCAAUACUGCAUCUAAAAACCACAUCAGCUAAGAAGUACCUUAAAGCAUAAAACAUUCCUUUUCCAAGGUUAAAUAAAAAGCCCUCAAGUAUAUUUUCCCUACUGGUACCUUGAUCCACGUUAGAAAAAUGAACAUUUUUUUCCUCCAAGUGGACUAGGCCUGAAGGGAGGAAGCUGCCUAAUGGAUCAUGGCUCUAUUGUUUACAGGACAUUCCUUAUUUUUAGCAUUAGCAAUGUUGGCAGUCUGCACUUUUGAAGAGUCGGUGAGUAAUUACUCAGAUUGGGUGACUUUUACAGAGAAUGUGGAUCAGUAUGAGAAACAGAGACUGGAAGAUUUCAAGGCUGAUCAGAAGAUGAAAAGAACCAUCCCUCAUCCAAGCUUGUAUUUCAGUGCUGAAGAAGUCCCAGCAUUGAGGCAGAAAUCUCACACCAGCCAUCUCCACCUCUUUAGAGCAAUCAGGAGUGCAGUGUCUGUGAUGCUCUCCAAUCCAUCCUACUACCUACCUCCACUCAAGCAUGCCGAUUUUGCUGCAAAGUGGAAUGAGAUCUAUGGAAACAAUUUGCCUCCCUUAGCAUUUUACUGUCUCCUGUGUCCAGAAGAUAAAGCUGCCUUUGAAUUUGUUUUGGAAUAUAUGGACAGGUUGGCUGGAUACAAAGACUGGCUGGUAGAGAAUGCCCCGGGUGAUGAGGUUCCUCUUGGGCAUUCCUUAACAGGCUUUGCCACAGCGUUUGAUUUUCUGUAUUCCACCCUGGAUGAUGACAGAAGGCAAAACUACUUAGCCAAGAUCUUGGCUGUGAGCGAGGAAAUGUAUGAAUAUUCCAAAGUCCGUUCCUGGGGCAAGCAACUACUUCACAACCACCAAGCCACUAACAUGGUGGCAUUGCUCAUUGGGGCUUUGGUAACCGAAGGGGGCAUAGAGGCCCAAGCUAACAUCUGGAAGCAUACAGUAGUGGAUGUGAUGGAAAAAACCAUGUUUUUGCUAAACCAUAUUGUGGAUGGCUCUUUGGAUGAAGGUGUAGCAUAUGGCAGCUAUACAUCCAAAUCCAUCACCCAGUAUAUUUUUCUGGCACAGCGCCACUUUGGGAUUAACAAUUUUGAAAACCACUGGCUCAAAAUGCACUUUUGGUUUUAUUAUGCUACCCUUUUGCCUGGCUUUCAGAGAACUGUGGGCAUAGCUGAUUCUAAUUACAAUUGGUUUUAUGGACCUGAAAGCCAGCUGGUUUUCCUUGACAGGUUUGUGCUGAAGAAUGGCAUAGGCAAUUGGCUUGCACAGCAAAUUAGAAAGCACCGCCCAAAAGAUGGCCCUAUGGUACCAUCCACUGCUCAAAGAUGGAGUACACUUCACACAGAGUACUUAUGGUAUGACCCAGGAUUAACGCCUCAUCCUCCUCCUGACUAUGGCAGUGCGAAAAUGCAUGUGUUCCCUAACUGGGGUGUUGUUACCUAUGGGGCAGGGUUACCAUAUGGACAGACAAAUACCUUUGUUUCUUUCAAAUCUGGAAAGCUGGGUGGCCGUGCUGUCUAUGACAUAGUCCACUUUCAGCCAUAUUCCUGGAUUGAUGGUUGGCGGAGUUUCAACCCAGGGCAUGAACACCCCGAUCAGAACUCUUUCACCUUUGCUCCCAAUGGACAAGUGUUUGUCUCCGAGGCCCUGUAUGGCCCCAAACUCAGCCACCUGAAUAAUGUCCUGGUGUUUGCACCAUCUCCAACAAGUCAGUGCAAUCAGCCUUGGGAGGGUCAACUUGGGGAGUGCACACAGUGGCUAAAGUGGACAGGGGAUGAAGUUGGAGAUGCUGCUGGUGAGAUAAUAACAUCCUCUCAGCACGAGGACAUGAUGUUUGUGAGUGGCGAGGCAGCAUCCACAUAUUCCUCAGCUAUGAAGCUCAAAAGUGUCUACCGUUCAUUACUUCUGUUGAAUCACCAGACUCUGCUAGUGGUUGACCAUGUGGAAAAGGAGGUGGACUCUCCCAUCAACUCCAUCAGUGCCUUUUUUCAUAACCUUGACAUUGACUUUAAAUAUGUCCCCUAUAAAUUUAUGAACAAAUAUAAUGGAGCCAUGAUGGAUGUAUGGGAUGCUCACUAUAAAAUGUUUUGGUUUGACCAUCAUGGCAGCAGUCCUGUUGCUAGGAUACAAGAGGCAGAGCAGGCAGCCGAGUUCAAAAAGAGGUGGACGCAGUUUGUAAAUGUCACUUUUUCUGCAAAAAGUACUACUGCAAGAAUUGCCUAUGUGUUCUAUGGGCCUUAUGUCAACGUUUCAAGCUGUAGAUUUGUUGAUGAUGCCCAAGCAGGGUUUCGAAUAUCUUUGAAUGUCAACAAUACUGAAACUGUUUUCUCAGUUGUCACAGACUAUCUAAACCUGGGGACAAGGUUCAAUUAUUUAGGUUUUGGUGGCUAUGCCAAGGUAACUACACAAGGAAAAGUUACAAGAUUUGGUCUGGGUACAGAAGCAGUCAAAAAGCAGGCACUGAAUAACAAGACUGUUUUCCCCUUUGGUUUUAAAGUGAAUAUAAUAGCAGGACUGAUUUUGGGGAUUAGUUUGGUCAUAUUGGCCAUCCAGUGGAGGUUUUACAUAUCUUUUGGCAAGCUUUUGCGUUGGACCCUAAUCUUGGUAAUUCUGCUAUGGUUUGUGGAACUGAUUGAUGUGUGGAGCUCUUGUACUCAACCAAUCUGUGCAAAAUGGAGUAGUGAUGUAGCAAGUACAGAAGGCAAUGCAGAGAAGGACCAAGGGCACCCUGUGACUUUGCCAGACAUUGUCAUUACUUCUCUCCCCAAUUCAGGUGCAGAAAUCUUGAAGCAACUGUUCUUCAACAGCAGUGACUUCAUCUACAUUAGGAUCCCUACAGGGUACCUUGAUGUCCCCGAAACUGAAUUUGAGAUUGACUCAUUUGUUGAUGCCUGUGAAUGGAAAGCAUCCGAUGUUCAAAGUGGCCAUUUUCGGCUCCUCCAGGGCUGGCUGCAUUCUCUAGUCAAAGACACUAAGCUGCAUUUGCAAAAUAUUCAUCUACAUGAACCCAGCAGAAGUAAGUCGGCUCAGCAUCCUUCCCCCAGCAAAGACAAAAAGAGGCGGCCUAGAAAGAGAGAAUCCAUAGCAGAACAAAGAACCCGACUGAGAGGGAGUUCAGACAAAGAGGCUGAAUACAUUAGAGAUCUGAGGAGACACCUUGCUUUUUAUCCCAACGCACGCCCUGUGCUUAGUCUGAGCAGUGGGAGCUGGACAUUAAAGCUGCCUUUCUUUCAAGAAAUCAUAGGCCUUUCGCUGAGAGCACUCUAUGUAGUCCGUGACCCUCGUGCAUGGGUCCAUUCAAUACUAUACAAAAGCCAGCCAAGCCUCUACUCAUUGAGGAAGGUUCCUCAGCGUUUAGCUAGGCUAUUUAAACCAGAUGGCAAGAGGAAAGACAAGUGUCAUUUAAAUUCAGGCUAUGCCCUUGAAUAUGAGCCACUGAGGGAGGAACUUUCCCAUUCAAAUUCAAACGCUGUCUCUGUGAUGUCCCAUUUGUGGCUGGCAAAUACAGCAGCAGCCCUGAGGCUCAACGGGGAUUUGCUGCCAGCAAAUUAUCGCCUCCUCAAGUUUGAAGACAUUGUCAACUUUCCCCAUAAGGUGGCUGAAGCCGUCUAUGCCUUUCUUGGCAUCCCUCUGUCUCCUGCUAGCUUAAACCAAAUAUUAUUUGCCACAUCCACCAAUCUUUUUUAUCUUCCUUAUGAAGGGGAGGUCUCUCCAGUGAGCAUCCAUGCUUGGCGACAUGAUCUGCCUCUGGAGGAAAUUAAGCUGAUCGAGGACAUCUGUUCCACUCUAAUGGACCGCUUAGGAUAUCCAAAGUUUACUGAUUUAGAUGCUGCGGGUCAGCAGUAGUUUGCACUAUGGAUCCCCAGGCAUUUGUAAAUAAGAAUCAAAGAAUCUGGUUUAUUCUUGUAAAAUGUCUUGUACAGUCUGUUAUACUCGCAGAGAGAUUAUUUUAAAUGAAAUGAGAUAUUUAGUCUAGUAAGAUUUUUCCCCCUUCUUCUCCCAACUAAAACCCAUAAUUACUUUUGCUGCCUUUGAGAAUAAAGCUGUAUGAAUCUUUACAUUCUUUUUCCAGAUGGACACUGGGACCUCAGGGGAUUGGUAAUAGGAUAAGGGGGCUUUCAUUUCAAGGCUAUCAGUAUGAAUCCAGGGUUGGGGAAGAGUGGGAGGGGGUUGCAAAGUGUCACAAAUGUCUCCUGGUUAUUUGGUGGCCAGUGUGAAGUCAUAUGGGAAGAGCCAGGGCACAGUCCUAGUUUUCUGUUAACAACUGUCAGUAUUUUUUUUAAAAAACAACAACAGAAUUUACAUUUGGCAGCAAGUAUGUCCCAUAGGCUGAAUUUGUGAGUUUGUUGUGUCUGCUUUUAACCACUCCAGGGAGCUAAGAAACUGUAAACUCAAGCUAACCAGCCAGCUUUGUUUCUGUUUGUUUGUGUGUUUUAAGAAAUGUUUCCUAUGAUUAGCAAAUGACAAUCAACACAUGCCUACACAGACACAUAUUUAUAUUGAGUUUGACCAGACUGUGAUACACUCUUGGUAGCCUGAACAACAACAUCAAAAAUGAAGUUGACAUGAAUAAAAGAAUACUUAAUAUGUUUUACCCACCCACGAAGAAGUAAGGGCAAGAAAGUUUAUUUCAGGAUAUUUCCUAUUGUAAUCAUAGUUGUUUCUUUAAAUAUGUCCACGUACAUGAUAAAUUACAGCAGCCCUGAGUUUUUUAAAAUAAUAAUAAAGUACCACAUUCUGUCUCUUG